AUGACACGCAUAAAUCGAGAAAUGGUCCAAAUUUUUUUUUGCAUCCUCCCGAUCUUUGGCCUUUACACAUUAAGAACCCAACAUUUAUAA